AGAUUCAAGUCGUGUCUCCCUUCGCUCAUUAUGGGCAACGUGAGGUCACUGGAUAAGAAAUGCCGAACUGACAGCUCUAGUGAGAGGAGAAAAUCUUUCCUGUGUGCAGUUUAAUGUGUUUCAUAGAGACCUGGCUGCAUGACGGUAGUCAUGACCAAGAGACAGAGUGGGGACCAGGAAGAAGCGAGGAGUGGGGGGUGCCAUUUUUAAAUAAGUGUCCAUGAUCAAUGAGUAUCAUAUUUUCAAUAAGUGGACACGUAACGGCCAAAGAAAGGAUUUGCAGCCCUGACAUCGAGCUGCUGGCCGUAGGCCUCCGUCCAUAACAUCUACAGAGUCCUGCAUACGUGGCAACACGUGGCUUGUGACGUCAUACAGUCUCCAACCUGCAGUGCAGACAUCCUGACGCUUUCUAUAUGAUCUCCGGUAACUUUAAUCACACCAGCCUCGACAAGUCACUUCCUACUUUCACUCAGUUUGUGAGCUGUCCCACCAGAGGUGAAUAGGCACUGGAUCUGAUGUAAACUAAUGUUAAGGAUGCCUACUCUUCCACUGCCCUCCCCUCUAUGGGAAAGUUGCAUCACAAUUUGAUUCAUCUGCUGCUCAAUACACACCUCAGGUCCAAAGGCAGCCUGCCACCAUUAAAACCGUUAAAAGAUGACAGAUGAGGACCGUGUCGCUCUGCAGAGCUGCUUUAAAGACACUGAUUGGGAGGCGCUCUGUGAAACUCACGGGGAGGACAUUGAUGGACUAACAGACUGCAUCACAGAUUAUAUAAAUUUCUUCAUGUAUGUACCUUUUCGCUGCUUUCCUAACAACAAUGGGUUACUUGUGACAUUAAAGUCAUGCUGAAUAAAAAGGAGAAAGCAUUCAGGUCAGGAGACAGGAAGGCAGCUAGGAGUGUCCAGAGAGCGCUGUCAGUCAAAAUUAGGGAGCGGAAGGAGGCUUACAGGAGGAAACUGGAACACAGAACUCAGAACAACAACACCAGGGAAGUGGGGAGGAGCAUGAGGACCUUCACCGGAUAAAAGGCCAGCAUCCAAGUGACUGAGAGGUUUGUGAAAAGGGCCAACAAACCUAACAAACAUAACCCCCCCACAUUGCUCAUUACACCGACAGGGCUCAUCCAACCGCUCCGCACACAUUCAGUGUAUACAGACCUUACAGUCAUGUUCAAUCAAGAGAUACAUACUAACCAUAAAUAAAUACAAAACAAAACCCAAAUGAAUAAAAAAGUCUUCAGUCUUAAGCAAUAUUAUUAAUGAUAAGAAUAAUAUUAUUAAUGAGAAGAAUAAAUAUAAACCCUUGUCUCCUGCACUGACAGUUUCAACUGUCUGGGAACAGCAAAACCAACCUUCGCCUGUGGGGGCAAUAAUGUCCCAUACGGGGUUUAGUGCUUUAACAGAGAAAAAAAGUAGAGCUCCGCAGCUCUGUGGUGUCCUCCAACACAUCUUCAAUCUGAGUUUACAGCUGGAGAGAGUUCCUCUUGGGUGGAAGAAGCCAUGCUUCGUGCCAGUGAAUAAGCAGCCACGUCCCAGAGUCCUCAACGACUACAGACCCAUGGCUCUGACCUCUCACAUCAUGAAGGCUUUUAAGAGGCUGAUCCUGAACUCCACGCAUUCUCUGGUCAAACCCUCAGGCGACCCCCUCCAGUUUGCAUAUCAAUCCCAUCUAGGAGUGGAUGACGCCAUCAUACAUCUGCUCCAUCACACCUACAACCACCUGGACCAGCCUGGCGCCUCAGUGAGCAUCAUGUUCUUUGGUUUCUCCAAUGCAUUUAACACCAUUCAGCCAGUGCUGCUGUGAGAGAAACUGAAGGACAUGCAGGUUGCACAACUCCUCUUCCCUCUUGGACUCCUGCGGACAUUCCCACCGUUUUCACGCCCUCUCCUGUUCAAUGUUGCCAAGGAGAUAUUCACGAGGAAAGGCACUGGGGCUGAUGAGUCUGUCCAUUCAUUUGUUUCUAGGAGGCUGGGAAAGGAGCUGGCAGAUAUCGCUGCAGACAGCCUGUGCCGGGGUGUGUUUGCUGGGGACUGCAGGAAGCUGAGUGUGCGCUCCUGUUUCCCUUUUUUGUUCGAAGCAGAGCAGCGGCGAGGUUCUCUGACCCUGGGACUGCUGCUGGACUCAGGUGCCCCUCCUGGCAUCCACCCUGGCCCCCUAGCCCAGAGAUCUAUUAGGGAGUCGUGGGCCCAGUGGUCCCUUAGGACGGGGGUGGAGACUCUCCCUGAAGCCAUCACAGAAUUCCUCCAGCAGAGCGGUAGAGCACAGCUUCACAAAGACGCAGCCGUUCAACACAUCACACCCUCCACCUCUGGCUGGAAGAUUUACAUGGAGGAUGGUGUCAUAUCAGCUGAUCACAUCAUCUCUGCACUGCCUGCCAAAGCCCUCUGCUCAGCCCUGCCCUCCUCCUGUCACUCCCUCAUCUGGGAGCUGCAGAACAUGUCCACAGCUACUGUUGCUGUGGUGAAUCUAGAGUAUGAUGGCUCCAUCCUGUCUAUGAGGGGGUUUGGUCACUUGAUUCCGUCCUCAGAGGAUCCAGGUUUACUUGGAGUGGUCUACGACUCUGAUUUCUUUCCUCAACACAACAGGCCAAGUGGACAGACGACUAGACUGACGAUUAUGUUGGGUGGGGCCUGGUUCCAGGAGGUGUUUGGGGACCCUGAACAUGUAAAGGAGGAGAGUCUGUUGACCAAAGCAACUGAAGCUGUGCGCUACCACCUGGGCGUUACUGCAACACCCAGCUGGAGUCGAGUGUCUGUUCAGAAGGACUGCAUACCUCAGUAUUACCAAGGACAUUUCCAGAGAGUGGAGUCCAGUCGCAGCUUCAUAAAGGAGAAAAAUCUCUCGCUGUCUUUGAUUGGUUCCUCAUACGAUGGCGUGUCAGUGAAUGAUGUCAUCUUUAGUGGACGAACAGCCGUGCAGGACUUGUUGGGAGGUGGAAUUUAAUGACUUAAUACACAGCCUUGAAUAGAGGCAUUGUGCUGACAUGGACAAUGGUUGUUUGACUCACCUGAAUGCUCACUACAAAUGUGUAGGCUGCAAUUCUGAUAGAGUCUGACAUUAGCAUCAAUGAUGGGGUUUCUUUGGUACCUCCAUCGGUACGCAAGCUGCAACUCGUUUCCUCACUGAGGUGAAUUUAUGUCACUUGAACCCUGCUGGGAUGUUUCCUGGUUAAAGCUGUAUAAUAAAAUUCUUAUAAUCAGCUUCUCCUUGAAUACCAAGGCUUUUAACAGUAAUAUUUAAUCUCUUUCAUCAUAUUGAGCUUUUGUCUUUUAAAUACAUGACAAUGAAUUCAUCCUUAUAAAUUUUAGUAUUUGAAAGUGAAACUAA